AUGAAUUCUUUCAAAUCCUAUGGGAAAGUUGAUGAAGCCGAUCAAAUGAGGCAUCAAGCUCGCAUGAAAACACGAAGAAGAAUCACUAUCGUUGCAGUGUCAUCUCUCAUUCUCGUUAUCGUUGUAGUUUCAGCAGUUGUUGGAACUACACGCAGCAAAGACCACGGCCAUAAUGCUGAUGAUAAUCAAUCACAAACUCAAUCCACUUUGGCUUCAAUAAAAGCUGUUUGUGAUACAACGUUGUACCCUGAUACAUGUUAUAGUUCGAUUUCUCCUAUGGUUAAUUCGACGCAUAUCCAGCCUGAUGAGUUACUCAAAAUCUCGGUUCUAGUUGCUAUAAAUGAGCUGUCAAAAGCAUCCACUCUUUUGGAGCUCAAAAACUGCAGUGAGCUUUUGGAUCUUGCUCUCGAUCAUCUAAAUGACACACUUUCAUCUGCGACAAAUGUCGAUUUGAAAUCAAUAGGAUCUCUCUUUGAUGAUCUUAUAACAUGGCUAAGUGCUGCAGGCACUUACCAAGAAACAUGCAUUGAGAGUGUGCAAGAAAAUGUUUUAGAGUACCUUAAAAAAUCAACCGAGUUAACAAGUAAUAGUCUUGCAAUUAUAAAUGGAUUUUCAAGCAUCUCAAAUUCUUACAAUCAAAGAAGAAGAUUGUUGAGCUAUGCAGGAAGCGAUGAAAUGCCCGAAUGGGUAUCAGGGAAAGACCGAAAGUUGCUGCAAAAGACAAACUUACCUAAAGGAAUCAAAGCUGAUAUCGUGGUGGCUAAAGACGGUACUGGUAAGUACAAGAAAAUUUCCGAUGCUCUUAAGGCAGUUCCUGAAAAGAGCAAGAAGAGGUUUGUGAUAUAUGUCAAGAAAGGAGUUUACUUCGAGAAUGUUAGGAUUGAAAAACCAAUGUGGAAUGUCAUGAUGAUCGGUGAUGGUAUGGAUUCGACAAUCGUAUCUGCAAGCUUAAAUGUGGUGGAUGGAACUCCAACCUUUCAGUCAGCUACUUUCGCUGUAUUUGGCAAAGGAUUUAUAGCCCGUGAUAUGGGAUUCCGCAACACAGCUGGUGCAGCCAAGCAUCAAGCGGUAGCGCUGAUGUCAUCUGCAGACCAGACAGUAUUUUAUCGUUGUCGGAUUGAUGCUUUCCAAGACUCACUCUAUGUACAUGCAAACCGCCAGUUCUAUAAAGAAUGCAACAUCUAUGGAACAGUUGACUUUAUUUUUGGCAAUUCUGCUGCUAUUUUACAAAACUGCAAAAUAUUGCCUAGGAGACCAAUGACUGGCCAACAAGACACAAUCACAGCUCAAGGCAAGUUUGAUCCUAAUCAAAACACCGGUAUCGUUAUUCAAAACUGCACUAUUUCGCCCUUUGGGAACCUGGCCGAUAUUCAAACAUUCUUGGGGCGUCCGUGGAAGAACUACUCGACUACAGUUUAUCUUAACAACAUGAUGGGAGGAUUCAUUAACCCAAAGGGAUGGAUGCCGUGGGUGGGAACAACGGCUCCUAAUACCAUAUUUUACGCAGAAUUUGGUAAUUACGGUGCAGGUGCAGUAACAAAGAAAAGAGUCACCUGGAAAGGACUGAAAUUCAUAGAUAGCAAGCAAGCCAGUAAGUUCACUGUCAAACCUUUUAUCCAGGGGGAUAAGUGGAUUAAAGAUGCGGGUGUUCCUUACAAAUCUGGACUCUGA